UCUAUGGACGGAAACUAGUUCCUCGCUCCUCUUUCCAGCCUGACACACCACCUCCCCAUCGCCGCAAAACACAGCACAGGCCGGGCAACUAUUUUUCUCUCAACAAGGAUAACAAGGACUAUCACAAUGUCUGACAUGGAGGACGAUUUUAUGUGUGAUGAUGAAGAAGACUACGACCUGGAAUACUCAGAAGACAGCAAUUCAGAGCCAAAUGUCGACCUGGAAAACCAGUACUACAACUCCAAAGCAUUGAAGGAGGAUGAUCCCAAAGCAGCACUCAGCAGUUUCCAGAAGGUGUUGGAAUUAGAAGGGGAGAAAGGUGAAUGGGGGUUCAAGGCACUGAAACAGAUGAUUAAAAUCAACUUUAAGCUGACAAAUUUUCCAGAGAUGAUGAACAGAUACAAACAGCUGCUUACGUACAUCAGAAGUGCAGUCACCAGGAACUAUUCAGAGAAGUCCAUCAACUCCAUUCUGGACUACAUCUCUACCUCCAAACAGAUGGAUUUGCUACAAGAGUUUUAUGAAACUACUCUGGAAGCGUUGAAAGAUGCAAAAAAUGACAGACUUUGGUUUAAAACCAACACAAAGCUUGGGAAGUUGUACCUGGAGAGGGAAGAGUAUGGGAAGCUACAGAAGAUCCUGAGACAGUUACACCAGUCUUGCCAGACAGAUGAUGGAGAGGAUGACCUGAAGAAAGGCACACAAUUGUUGGAGAUUUAUGCUUUGGAAAUUCAGAUGUACACUGCACAAAAAAACAACAAGAAAUUGAAAGCCCUGUAUGAGCAGUCUCUCCAUAUUAAAUCUGCCAUUCCUCAUCCACUUAUAAUGGGGGUUAUCCGAGAGUGCGGCGGGAAAAUGCAUUUGAGAGAGGGGGAAUUUGAAAAAGCUCACACAGAUUUCUUUGAGGCCUUUAAAAAUUACGAUGAAUCUGGAAGCCCAAGAAGGACAACGUGUCUGAAAUACCUGGUGCUCGCCAACAUGCUAAUGAAGUCAGGAAUAAAUCCUUUUGACUCACAAGAGGCCAAACCAUACAAAAAUGACCCGGAGAUUCUCGCAAUGACAAACUUAGUAAGCGCCUACCAGAACAAUGACAUCACCGAAUUUGAGAAAAUCUUGAAAACAAAUCACAGUAACAUAAUGGACGACCCUUUCAUCAGGGAGCACAUAGAGGAACUGCUGCGGAACAUUAGAACUCAAGUACUUAUCAAACUCAUCAAACCAUACACAAGAAUACACAUCCCUUUCAUUUCUAAGGAGCUGAAUAUUGAUGUUUGUGAUGUGGAGAGUCUGCUGGUGCAGUGCAUUUUGGAUAACACAAUUCACGGGCGAAUCGACCAAGUAAACCAGCUAUUAGAACUAGACUACCAGAAGAGAGGAGGGGCUCGCUAUACAGCUUUAGACAAAUGGACAAAUCAGCUGAACUCUCUCAACCAGGCGAUUGUGAGCAAGCUCACAUGAUGCCAUUGAAAAUCAAGAGACAAGGAAAAAUGGCAUGUUUGAAUACAUCCAUCAAGUAUGCUGCCUUGCUUCAGAGACAAAACGCCACGAGAUUUGAAUAACACCACUGAUUUCAAGAAGACUGCAAGAACCGAAUGUGUUCAAAGUGUGCUGUUUUGUCCUGAUGAGAGGAAAUCACUGACACUUGUUUUUCAUGUACCAGAUUGGCAGAUCCUUCCAUGUGCAGAUAUUUUGGUUGUUCAAAUGUGUAUGAGGAAAACAUACACAGUAUUUUAAUGUAUACUAUUGCCUGUUGGUAAUAAACAAAG